AAGUUUCAGUUCUUGAGUGUAGAGUUUAGGUCUUUCAUUCAUUUUGAGUUAAUUUUUGUAUAUAGUACAAAUUAAGGGUCCAAUUUUAUUUUAUUUGAACAUCCAGUGCCCCCAACACUAUUUGCUGAAAAGAUGGACUGACUCUUUGAGACCUGUCACCUGCCCACCCCGGUGGACACUAGCUGGUCCAUCCAAUUGCUGUCCUGGGGCCUUGUCAUGCCACUCUUCCACUUUGGACCCAAGCCCACACCAUUGCUCCCCUCUGGGAUACUGACCCCACUAAUAGCUUCCCUGGGGCUACAACCUUCCUACCCUUGUGCCUCAUGACCACCCCCUCCCUUGUCCCCACCAUGCCCAUGAUGAGUCUUUCCUCGAGGCAGCUCCCCUUGCCUCCAUCUCGCCCUCACCUGUGCACCACAGCCACACUGGACAUGGGUUCCUCUGAGCCUGAGUCCCUUCCCAUUCCCACCAUCCCCUCUGGCAAGACCUUCCUUCCACCGCUGCCUUCAUGCUCCUCCCUUGCCCCUGCAGGGCAGCCUCUCCCCGUGGCCCCUAUUCCCUUAGGGGGCUUGUGGCCACCCAGUCCUGGCACCUGGCCUACAAGUUUGUCAUCUCCAUUCCCCCUUCUUCCGUUCGUCAGUCCCCUCCUCUGUCCUCCCACCCUCACAGUUUUCCUUGUAUCUGAAAUCCUCGUUCUUGUCCCUUUGCCCGUGUGCAUUUCCUGCCUCCUCAAGAAGCUUGAGACAGACCUGUGUGUUAAACAUUGAUGUUAAGUUAUUUCCAGGAAGAAGUUUCAUCUGUGGUUUUCUCUUCCCCAGAGCUCCAUAGUCUUCGUUACAACGUCACGGUGCUGUCCCGGGAUGGAUCUGUGCAAUCAGAGUUUCUUGCUGAGGGACAUUUGGAUAGUGAGCUCUUCGUGCGCUAUGACAGGGAGACGCGCAGGGCAAGGCCCCAGGGACAGUGGGCAGAAGCAGUCCUGGGAGCUAAGACCUGGGACACAGAGACUGGGGACUUGACAGAGAACGGGAAGGACCUCAGGAGGACUCUGACUCAUAUUGAGGGCCAGAAAGGAGGCUUGCAUUCCCUCCAGGACAUUCAGAACUGUGAGAUCUAUGAAGAUGGCAGCACCGGGGGCUCCCGGCAUUUCUACUACGAUGGUGAGCGCUUCCUCUCCCUAAACCUGGCGACUCAGGAAUGGACAGUGGCCCAGUCCUCCAGAGCUCAGACCUUGGCUAUGAAUUUCUGGAAGGAAGAUACCAUGAAGACCAACACACACUAUCACGCUAUGCAGGCAGACUGCCUGAAGAAACUACGGCGAUAUCUAGAAUCCGGGGUGGCCGUCAGGAGAACAGCGCCCCCCAUGGUGAACGUCACCCACGGCGAGGCCUCAGAGGGCAACAUCACUGUGACAUGCAGGGCUUCCGGCUUCUAUCCCGGGAAUAUCACACUGACCUGGCGUCAGGAUGGAGUGUCUUUGAGCCACGACGCCCAGCAGUGGGGGGAUGUCCUGCCUGAUUGGAAUGGAACCUACCAGACCUGGGUGGCCACCAGAAUUCGCCAAGGCGAGGAGCAGAGGUUCGCCUGCUACAUGGAACACAGUGGGAAUCACAGCACUCACCCUGUGCCCUCUGGGAAGCCGUCGGUGCUUCAGAGUGAAUGGCUAAACCUUCUGUAUGUUCUUGCUGUUGCUGUUGCCGUUGUUACGGCAUUUAUUAUUAUCUGUGUUCAUCGUUGCAAGAAGAAGAAAACAUCAGCGGCAGAGGGUCCAGAGCUCGUGAGCCUGCGGACCCUGGAUCAACACCCGGUUGGGACGGGAGACCACAGGGAUGCCACACAGCUCGGAUCUCAGCCUCUGAUGUCAGCUCCUGGGUCCACUGGCUCCACUGAGGGUGCCUAGACUCUACAGACAGGCGGCCAGGAUUCAACUCCCUGUCUGGAUCUCACCAGCACUUUCCCUCUGUUUGCUGACCUAUGAAACAGAGAAAAUAUCAGCACUAAUUUAUUGUUAUUGGAUGCUGCAAAGUGUUAGUGGAUAUGAGGUGUUUGCAUCUCUGCCAUAUAGAGAGUGGCAAAGAGAUCAUGACCAACUCAACAUUCGUUUGGAGGCUAUGAUCAAACAGCAAACCGCUUAUCAUGAAUGCAGGAUGUGGGCAAACUCAGGACUGCUCGUGCCGACAGAAGGUUUGCUGAGGACAAUCACUCCAUGGUGCUCAUUGAGGUUAUCUACUGCGUCAUCUAGAGCCUAUUGUUCAAGGAAUGCAGUCUUGCAAGCCUACUCUGGACCCAGCAGCUGACUCCUUCCACCCCUCUUCUCGCUAUCUCCUAUACCAAUAAAUACGAAGGGCUGUGGAAGAUCAGGGA